UUUUCUCUUGUUUUGUGCUGUUUUUCUUUCUUUUCUUGUCCGUCGUCUUCAUCAAAAUAAUACGAUAAGAUAAGAUGUUAUGGAAACUGGGAUAGGAUUAAACGCCCAGAAAAAACAUCGAAGACAGAUUAACACGUGACCGCAAUAAAUACGUGUCGUGCCGUUGUUGCUUUCCAGUCUCCACAACGACAAAACUCUCAGCAUAUUCCAGUUUUUAUUUAUUUUCUUUUUUUAAUCUAAGAAUUAUUGACUUCUUCAUCUUGUUACACUCCCACUCGAGUCCACUUCUUCUUCUUCUUCCCUCUGUUGCAGGUCUAGCUUUUGUGUUUGCAGAGUUCAGAAAUGGCGGAAAUAGGGAAGAUAAAGCUCCACUCCGGGUGGCUCGCCGCGAGAUCCACCGAUGUGGAAAUCGGUGGGACUCAGCUCACUACCACUCACCCUCCUACUGGUCCCACCUCGCCCUGGAUGGAGGCGGUUGUGCCGGGAACUGUAUUGGGAACACUAGUGAAGAAUAAAGUUGUGCCAGAUCCAUUCUAUGGGUUGGAAAACGAGACAAUCAUAGAUAUAGCUGAUUCUGGGAGAGAGCACUACACAUUCUGGUUUUUCACAACUUUCCAAUGCAAGCUGUCAGGGAAUCAGCACCUGGAUCUGAAUUUUCGUGCAAUCAAUUACUCCGCAGAAGUAUAUUUAAACGGGCACAGAAUGGUCCUGCCAAGAGGAAUGUUUCGAAGACAUAAUCUUGAUGUUACUGAUAUUCUGCAUCCAGACGGUCAAAAUUUUCUGGCUGUUCUGGUCUUCCCUCCAGAUCAUCCUGGAACAAUCCCAACUGAGGGUGGGCAAGGAGGAGACCAUGAGAUCGGAAAAGAUGUUGCCACACAAUAUGUCGAGGGCUGGGAUUGGAUUGCUCCUAUAAGGGAUAGGAACACUGGCAUAUGGGAUGAAGUUUCCAUUGCAGUCACUGGGCCCGUAAAAAUAAUUGAUCCCCACUUGGUUUCAACCUUGUUUGAUGAUUACAAGCGGGUAUAUUUGUAUGCUACAACAGAAUUAAAGAAUAAAAGUUCCUGGGUUGCAAGUUGUUCUCUAAAUAUCCAAGUGACAGCUGAACUCGAGGGAAACAUUUGCUUAGUAGAGCAUCUUCAGACUCAACAUCUGUCGGUUCCACCUGGAGCACAUGUGCAGUAUACCUUUCCUGAGCUUUUUUUCUACAAGCCCAAUUUAUGGUGGCCAAAUGGUAUGGGGAAGCAAUCCCUUUACAAUGUGACAAUUACUGUUGACGUAGAGGGAUAUGGAGAAUCUGAUUCAUGGAGCCAUCAUUUCGGAUUCCGCAAAAUUGAGUCUCAUAUAGAUCGUGCCACUGGUGGAAGGUUGUUCAAGGUGAAUGGGGAGCCUAUUUUUAUACGUGGUGGAAAUUGGAUAUUAUCAGAUGGUUUACUGCGGCUUUCUGAUACUCGUUACAGAACAGACAUCAAGUUUCAUGCCGAUAUGAAUUUAAACAUGAUCCGUUGUUGGGGUGGUGGUUUGGCUGAGAGGCCUGAGUUUUAUCAUUAUUGUGAUAUUUAUGGAUUGCUCGUAUGGCAAGAAUUUUGGAUUACAGGAGAUGUUGAUGGAAGAGGUGUUCCCGUAUCAAAUCCAAAUGGUCCUCUUGACCAUGAACUUUUUAUGCUAUGUGCGAGAGACACUGUCAAACUCCUGAGGAACCAUGCUAGCCUUGCUCUUUGGGUAGGAGGGAAUGAACAAAUCCCUCCUAAUGACAUCAAUAUGUCUUUGAAAAAUGAACUGAAACUUCAUCCAGAUUUUAUGAAUGCCAAUGAAACUGAAAAUACCAUGGACAACUUAUCCGUCACUUGGGUGAAUCCUAGCCAAUAUCUUGAUGGUACACGAAUUUACAUCCAAGGAUCUAUGUGGGACGGCUUCGCAAAUGGAAAAGGGGACUUCACUGAUGGCCCUUAUGAAAUCCAGUAUCCUGAAAGCUUCUUUAAUGAUGAUUUUUACCGUUAUGGAUUUAAUCCCGAAGUUGGUUCCGUGGGGAUGCCAGUUGCAGCUACCAUUAGAGCCACCAUGCCUCCCGAAGGAUGGCAAAUCCCAAUAUUUAAGAAGCUCCCCAAUGGUUAUAUUGAAGAAAUUCCAAACCCCAUAUGGACGUACCAUAAAUAUAUUCCUUAUUCCAAACCAGGCAAGGUUCAUGAUCAGAUUUUGCUCUAUGGGGACCCAACGGAUCUUGAUGACUUUUGUUUGAAGGCCCAACUUGUGAAUUACAUUCAAUAUAGAGCUCUUCUGGAGGGGUGGACUUCUCGUAUGUGGAAAAAAUUUACAGGUGUUUUAAUUUGGAAGACUCAGAAUCCUUGGACGGGUCUUAGGGGUCAGUUUUAUGAUCAUCUUCUCGACCAAACAGCAGGCUUUUAUGGUGUUCGCUGUGCUGCAGAGCCCAUCCACAUCCAGCUUAAUCUUGCUUCAUAUUUUAUUGAGGUGGUUAAUACUACGUCCGAGGAAUUAUCUAAUGUAGCAAUAGAAGUAUCUGUUUGGGACCUGGAAGGAACAUGUCCAUAUUACAAAGUUCACGAAAAGAUCUCUAUCCCACAGAAGAAAACAGUACCUAUUGCUGAGAUGAAGUAUCCGAAGUCCAAGAAUCCCAAGCCAGUCUACUUUCUUCUCCUCAAACUGUACCAUAUGUCAGAUUAUCGUAUCAUAUCGAGGAACUUUUACUGGUUGCAUCUGCCAGGUGGAGAUUACAAGCUUUUAGAGCCAUACAGGAAGAAGAGAGUACCCCUCAAGAUAGCAUCAAAUAUUCUUAUUAAAGGGUCUACUUAUGAAAUUGAAAUGCGCGUGGAGAAUACAUCCAAGAAACCAGAUUCACGGGGUUCGAGCAUAACCUAUAAGAAUAAUUACAUUGCUAGACCCGGUGAUGGAGAUUUUGAUAUGACCACAGUAGAACCUGUAGAUAGUGGAAUGGAGGAAAAAAGUGGAGCUGGUUUAUUUCAGAGGAUCUUCAGACAUUUUUCAAAGGAAACUAGCAGAUUGAGAGUUGCUGAAAUAAAUGGAGCAGAUGUAGGAGUUGCUUUCUUCCUUCAUUUCUCUGUGCAUGCUGCUAAGACAGACUACAAGGAAGGAGAAGACCCAAGAAUUCUCCCUGUUCAUUAUUCUGACAACUAUUUUUCUCUUGUCCCGGGUGAGGUUAUGCCCAUCAAAAUCUCUUUUGAUGUUCCCCCAGGUGUUGCCCCACGCGUAACACUCAAGGGCUGGAAUUACAACGGCGUGCAUGCAGUCAUUUGAGCACCAUAUAUGGAUACUCCAAUUUUUGUUUCUUGACCAUGCACCUAUCCGAUUCAUGAUCAAAGUUUCAGGUUGAUUCUCGACACUAGAGGUGGAUCGAAACUCCCAGCAGCAAUGGGAUGGAAAGUCAGUUUCUAUGUGCCUAUCUAUAUUUAUUUAUUUCUGGCAAAUGUGGAACCAGACAUCCUAAUAUUUGGUUAGGUUGUACAGAGCCUCUUACAGGGAAGUACAUUUCUUGCUUUAAGAUUUGAGUGGGUGGCUAAUGGCUAUGCAGCCAGACAAAACUUCAGGGGUUUGAUGGCAUAUUACUAUUCAUUUUUUUUGUUUGUUCACUGUAACAUUAAUAAUCAAAUGUUCUUAGUGGUACCGGAAUGGAAAUAAAUCCUGCAUUUCCAAUUAAA